GAGUGUCCGGGGCGGGAACUGUCGCCUUGCUGACAUGGUUUUGUUCUUUGGUGGCGCCUUCGGGCCCCGCCCGAGGACCUCCGUGCGCCCUGGCCGAGUUUUACUCAUCAUGCAGAGGUGAUCCCAGGCUGGAGGGCGGGCGCAAGGCGUCCGGAGAACCCAGUAAUCCGAGAAUGCAGCAUCAGCCCUUCCCACCAAAGCACUUCCUUCCUUUUCCCGAACGUCCAGAGAGGGAGGGCCGCGCAGUUAUAAACUGGAGCCGCAGCUGAGUGGCAUGUCAGAGGCUGACUCGCUGGGGCCACGAGCCUGGGCUGGAAACGUCUAGGCGGCCACAGAGGCUAGCUGCUGUGUCCCAAGGCGUCUGAACCCUCUCUCCGGGCGCUGGGUGCCUGCACCAUCUCACAACUAGCAUUUUUCCGGGAACUUGUACGCGAACCCCUGGACAGCAUGCUUGGGGUUCUUCUUCUGGGUGUGCUGGCUCCAGCUGGCCUGGGGAUCUCCGCACUAACCGAGUUGCAAUCCAGAGGUAGUCAAUGCGUGGAAUACGAGUGUUUUGCGCUUUUCCAGGGCCCCAUGAACUUCCUCGCUGCCAGUCGUGCCUGUGAGAGCCUGCAAGGACAUCUAAUGACAGUGCGCUCCUCAGUGGCUGCCGAUGUCAUCUCCCUUUUGCUGAGCGACGACAGUAGCGUGAACUCACGCCCCUGGAUCGGUUUACAGCUCCCGCAGGGCUGUGGCGACCCGGGUAAUUUCGGGCCCCUGCGCGGCUUCCAAUGGGUUACUGGCGACAACAACACUAGUUACAGCAGGUGGGCGCGCCCCAGCGACCAGGCGGCUCCUCUCUGCGGCCCGCUGUGCGUCAUGGUCUCCACCGCAAUAGCUACUGCACCCGGCGAGCCGGCCUGGGAGGAGCAGAAGUGCGAGACCGAAGCCGACAGUUUCCUCUGUGAAUUCCACUUCACAACGUCCUGCAGGCCUUUGGCGAUGGAUCCCCGAGAUCCGGAGGCUGCCCACAUCUCCAGCAUCUACAGCACGCCGUUCGGAGUCCGUGGUGCGGACUUUCAGACUCUGCCAGUAGGCAGCUCCGCUAUUGUGGAGUCCCUCGGUUUGGAGCUAGUGUGUAGGGCCCAGCCUGGAACUUUAGGUGGACACUGGUCUCGGGAAGCAAUAGGAGCCUGGGACUGCAGGGUGGAGAAUGGUGGCUGCGAGUACUUGUGCAACAAGAGCAUGGGAGAGCCCAGAUGCCUCUGCCCCAGCGACACCGACCUGCAGGCAGAUGGUCGCUCAUGCACAAAACCCGUGGCGCUGUCGUGCAAUGACCUCUGCGAGCAUUUUUGCAUCAGCAACCCCGACGUGCCAGGCUCAUACUCCUGUAUGUGCGAGACAGGCUACCAGCUGGCGGCUGACCAACACAGGUGUGAGGAUGUGGAUGACUGUACGCAGGGGCCAAAUCCAUGCCCACAGCUCUGUGUCAACACCAAGGGCGGCUUUGAAUGUCUCUGCUAUGAUGGCUUUGAGUUGGUGGAUGGAGAGUGUGUGGAGCUCCUGGAUCCGUGCUUCGGAUCUGACUGUGAAUAUCAGUGCCAGCCAGUGAGCUCCACUGAGUACCUUUGCAUCUGCGCUGAGGGCUUUGCACCUAAACCCAAGGAACCGCAUAGGUGCGAAUUGUUCUGCAAUGCAAGUUCAUGCCCAGCUGACUGUGACCCUAACACUCCUACCGUUUGCCAUUGCCCUGGUGGCUUCAUCCUAGACGAAGGUUCCAUAUGUGAGGACAUCGACGAAUGCAGUCAAGGCGAAUGCGCCAGCAAUGAGUGUCGAAAUCUUCCUGGCUCCUUUGAGUGCAUAUGUGGGCCUGACACAGCCCUUGCUGGCCAGAUUAGCAAGGACUGUGACCCCAUCCCUGUUAUUGAAUACAACCAGGACCAUGGCUCUGGAGAGCCCCCAGUUAGUCCCACGCCAAGCUCUCCCACAGGUCCGCCCUCAGCAAAGCCAGUGCAUUCUGGCAUUCUCAUUGGCACCUCCAUCGCCAGCCUGUCCCUGGUGGUGGCGCUUUUGGCACUUCUCUGUCAUCUGCGCAAGAAGCAGACAGCUGCACGAGCAGAGCUAGAGUACAAGUGCGCAUCACCAGCCAAGGAGGUCAUACUGCAGGACGUGAGGACUGAUGGAAUGCUGCAGAAGUUCUGAAGGACUUUGCUCCAGAGACCCAGGUUGCCUUUAUUCUCUUGGUUCAGUACAUCUUUUCUCUGUCUCUAGCCUCCCAGCUGUGCUCUCUGGCAACUUAAAGACCUCCUGGCUAACAAAGUAACUGAUAACCAGAGAGGACCCUGCUCCAUCCUCAUGAGAAGCAGGGGUGAGGAGAAUUUGAAGCAGGAGAGCCCAGCUUCUUCCAAGUCGAUACUGGACAACUGGGCGGAGGUGACAAAUACACAGUGAAGACCAGACUGCAUAGUGUCCCAGGCCCUCACCUCAGGGUGCAGGAUGUAUAGUCGCUGCUAUCUCUACCCUUUAAGCGAACCUUGACCACACAGGCUAGAGAUAAACCAGAUAUUUAUUUUUUUUUAAAGUAUUUAGCAUUUGCUUCCUUUGGUUUUUCUUUGCCUCUACAUCUCCAGUCUGUGUCCCUGCCCUUUCUCUGUAUACCUCCAUUUCUCUCCCUCCCCUUUCUCACUAUUCUCCUUCCCAAACCUCAUCUUACUUUGCUUUUACCCUUCUCUCCUGACAAAACUCUUAUGUGAAACAGAAAAGAAACACUAAAAGUAAAAGUUAUCUUUUUCACUGGCUUUGGCAAUUUAGUUGGAAAUUUCAGGUUUCCAGAGCAAAAUAAUUUUAAUGAAAGUUAAAAUGCUACCGCUGAACACUAGUUAAUAAUGCUGGAAUGUCACAGAAAUUAAACUCAAGGAGGUUGGGUUUUUUGUUGUUGUUUUGUUUUGUUUUCAUCUUUAUUGUUGAAAAGGUGAGCCUCUGUAUGUUUUUCAUUGUUGCUGUUGUUUUGAUUUAGAAUAACAAAAUGGUAAUUAUUUUUAAGCUCUUUUUUUUAUACAGGCUCCUAUAGUUACUAAUUUUUGGCAGUGUUGAAAAUGUUCAGAUGAGCCUUAGUCCUAACAUUUUGUUGUUGCAAUAGAACAUUGCCAUCUUCAGAUGUAUUGGGCCACCUUUAUAACUAUCCUGGGAUGUAUGUGGUCCUUAAGCUGGACAUAUCUGAGACUGACAGAUGGAAGCAUUUUCCAGCAAAGUUUUGAGUUGCAUGCUUUGUGCCUAGCUGACUUUGAAGUGCACUUGGCCUCUUACAGACCCAACUAAAAGCAGUGUGCUGCUUAGGGAGUUGUGAGAACUUGGGGAUGGAGCCUAAAGGGUGCCUGGUUAGGGUCUUAUCUUAAUGAGGCUCUUGGACAAUAUAUUCUACUUCAGAGUAGCCCUGGCCGCUGGUCUGUGCACAAGAAUUGGGACCUCCCUUGGGAUCUGGCUAAAACUGCAAAAUCCUAAGUGCACCACCCCAUCCCCUUCACAAGAAGCUGCAUUUUAACAAGUUUCUGUGUUUCUGGAGGACAUGAAAUGUUGGUUAAUAAUAAGCAGCAGGCUAUGUUAGGCCAAUUAUUAUCAACAAACUGAGGAAUUUUUCACUGCUUAGCUUUGCUUUCUGACUGGAAAAAAGAAAAUGACUAGGUACACAUCUCUAGCUAUUGCCACACAGGGUCCGGAAGGGUUUUGGUUUAACUGUGCUAGGAGUGAACUCAUAUGUCAGUGUAAGAAAUAAAUGUAUCAUGUGUGUAUCUUUUGUAAGGAAAGGUUUUUCUUUACUGUUUUGUAAGCUCAGCAUAUUUGUACAUAGUUAUUUAUUUAUUGGGGUUUAGCUAGAACACAGGCAAAGCCUUUGCUUAUGAUGUCACAUGUACAAAAUAAACAGAGUAUAAUGAA